AUGCGAAGAGCUCUCGGCAUCGGAUCAGCGUAUACGACCAGUUACAUGGGUGUUCCAUUGCUUGACAGCAUUCUCAACAUAAAUCCUGGCUCGUCCAUCUUGAUAGAGCAAGACCCUGCCACAAACAACCAUCACAUUUUUGAGAAGCUGUUCGUUGCGCAGUCCGUCGUGGACAACAAAAGGAUAACCGUUCGAUCAGCACCGUUCUGCAUACCAGCCGCCGUGAGCCGUGUCGAAGAGCAAAAGCACAGACCGAUGGAAAUCGCAUGGCGGUACGCACAGCGCAACAGGCUGACAACGACAGAGUUUGAUUUUCUGGAGAAUUCCACAGACGCGCAGAAUGUUAAAUUUGGUGAUGAGAUUGUAAUAACCGAGAGAACAUGCAUUGCCGGACUGUGCGCACCACACGAAGUGCUCGGCUGCAAGGAGCUCUUUGAAAUUAAGAGGGAGGUUAUUCGCAAGCAUGCCGUGUUGUUAGCCACGUCCCCAACCUACAUAUGUGAUGUUAAUGUUGGCCUGUACUUUGACGUUGUGCUUGCUUUAGAAUCGAUGUAUGCCAAGGAGAACGGCUACCACGGUCUGUUACGGAUAAAAAAGUUUACACGUAGAGUGGACAAUCUUUUGUACGGGUAUAGGAUUAGCAGGUACGGUGUGGUGAUGGAAGAGUUCUCACUUGCACCCGAUGACGAGCCAGUAAGAUUGGGAUGUGAUGUUGUGUUUUAGGAGAAAUACCAUGCAUGCUGUGUACGAUCUCGCUAUUUGUUGAUACUGUGAGUGUCGAGCUUACACAUAUGUUCUAAUCAAUAGCAUUAUCGGUGCUCGGUCAAGGUAUCAACCAAUACUUCCCUUAAU